AUGCCUUCACGUGCAAAGAAAGCAGCAUUGCUGUGUUGCAUGUUCGCUUUGCAAGCUCAAGCUGCUUUCGACCUCGCAUAUGGCGACGACUCUGACCUAACAAGUUUCGUUACGAGGCCAGAGAUCAAGACGCCGAAGUUCAAUGUCACCAUAUACGACCAAGACAGAAUAUCGCCGGGCUACUGGUUCGUGGCACCAUACGCCAUGAUCUUUCAGGAAAACCACGCACACAAAUACUACCAGCCGUGUCAAACGGGGCCAACAAUAUACGACAGUCUGGGAAACUUGGUAUGGAGUGGAGCUUGCAAAGUGCGCAACCAAAAUACAUGCGACUUCCGCGCUUGGGAGUUCAAUGGGUCUCUCUUCACAUCAGCCAUUCUGACGCCAUUUCGUGGGGUCGAUGAUCCGCAGGGGCAUGGCAUCAUCACGGACAGUUCUUUCGACACAAUUGGUGAGCUACAUGUGCCUCCAACGAUGCAUAAUCUCAACAUGCACGAGCUCAAUCUGAUCGAGGAUGGCACAAAAGCAAUGCACAUCCUACACGAGCCAGUGCAGAUGGAUCUAUCAGCUCUCAAUCAGAAUGUGGACUCCGGCUGGAUCAUGGACAUUGGCUUUCGAGAAGUUGACUUGACAACUGGUGAUCUGGUGUUCGAAUGGUGGGCGGCUCGUGGUGGGCAUGUCAGCGUGACCGAGAGCAGUGUACCGUUCCGAGGCGCGAACAUCAAGCGCGAGGCUUGGAACUGGUUCCAUGGCAACUCUAUCGAGAAGAACGAAGAUGGGGACUACAUGCUCUCAUCAAGAUUCACAGAUACCAUAUACAAGAUCUCGGGCAAAGACGGCUCCAUCAUCUGGCGCUUGGGUGGCUCGAAAUCGUCCUUCCAGCAAGACUUCAACUUCAGCCGGCAGCAUGAUGCACGUUGGCGUCACCACGAUGAUGGGACAGAGACUAUUUCCUUUCUCGACAAUGCUGCAGACGAUACUGUCUCGAACGCGAACCACUCCUCAGCCAUGAUCGUCAAGCUGGAUCGGCGAACAAUGAAGGCGUCCCUACUAAGCGAGAUUCCACGGCCUGAUGGCAGAUUAACUCGAAUGCGCGGAAAUCAUCAGGUCCUCGCAAAUCAGAACUCGUUCGUAUGCUGGAGCGAGAACUCUUACAUCAGCGAGCAUAGUGCGAACGGAGAUGUGUUGAUGGAGGCGCAAUUCGCCAGUCACAGGUUCGUGACGUAUCGGGCAUACAAGUUCAAUUUCACCAGUGUCCCGAGCGAGCCACCUGUGAUCAAGGCGUACGCUUAUGGCACUUCGCGAGCAACCGGAGCCAGCACAACAGUCGUGUACGCGAGCUGGAAUGGUGCCACCGAAGUGGUCAGCUGGAGGUUCAAGACUGCAGAUGGCACAGUCAUAGGCGAGAAGACGAAGAGCGGGUUCGAGACAACGUUUCAGGCCGGCGGUUAUCAUGCCGAUGUCUUCGCAGAAGCUCUAGCCGCCAAUGGCUCAAUCAUUGGUACAUCAGCCACUUCUUUUACAAUUGCACCCGCGGACUGGUGGGAACAGAUGCCUAUAUCAGGAAUUCCGGAAGAUAUCCAAACCACACCAAACUCCUCCAAGAACGACAGCUCACCCACGAGCUCAAGUACAGCCAAGCCGAAAGCUCGGCGGCCUGAUCACUUCUACGACGAUGUGCUUGCAGUCUCGCUCCUGCUCACCAUAGUGUUCAUGCUAUGCAUAGCACUUUGGCUCUGGCGAUGUUGUGAUGGAGGGCGAGGUAGCAUACGGCUCAAGCAUCAGCAGUACUCGCCUGUUGGAGACAAGGAUGACGACCCUAGCUGA